UAUCGCUGCGCGGCGCGGCGCGGCGCCUUUGAUCCGCGACGCCGUCUGAGUUCCGCCGCCGCUCCUCACGAGACCGGAGUUUCUAACACAGCUCAGUGCAUCAGCUAACGAGACGCUCGGGCGCGAAAUAAGACGUUAAAGACGGAGGAAAAGCGCGUAAAAGUUCCGCGUAAUGCGCCGCUGUCUAGUUCUCGCGAGUUUGUUUUCAAACAAAAGUAUCCUGUCACGAGCUCGCUCGCGCUUCCAACUCUUUAAUAUGAGCGAGGAUCGUGUUACAAUUUAAGCGCGUUAAAACGCAGGAACUCAGAAGUUUGAGGUUCCUCGGAGAAACAUAUGGCAUAAAGACACAGCUGGAGAUUUGAGGCUGAUGUCAGAGCAGCUGACUCUAGAGAUCACACACACACACACACACGGAGAGGUCGCGUUCAGUCGGCUGGUGCUCUGGAACUGUUCUUUUCCUUGUGUUUAUAUGAUGAUCGUCAUGUUUGAGUUAGCGUGUGGAGAUGUGAGAUGUUGUGUGCGCGUGACUGGAUCGACGCUCGUUCACUGAAGACCCGCUUGUGCGCGCGCUGAAACUACAGGGGCUGCUGAGAUCACGCCAUAAGCAUGGAGUUCCCAAACCACAGCCGGCAGUUACUGCAGUGUCUGAGUCAGCAGAGACACCAGGGCUUCCUCUGCGACUGCACUGUGCUGGUGGGAGAGACACGCUUCAAAGCCCACCGAGCCGUUCUGGCCUCAUGCAGCAUGUACUUCCACCUCUUCUACCACGACCAGCUGGACAAGAGAGACGUGGUGCAUCUGAACAGCGACAUCGUGACGGCGCCGGCGUUCGGGCUGCUGCUGGAGUUCAUGUAUGAGGGAAAGCUGGAGUUCAGUGCUCUUCCGGUGGAGGACGUCCUGGCGGCAGCCAGCUACCUGCACAUGUACGACAUCGUGAAAGUGUGCAAAGGAAAGCUGAAGGAUAAGGAGCAGAAUGACACAGAUUGCGGCGGGCAGAAGGCGAACGGUCACCCCGAAGGGUCCCCGGACCUUGUAGGUGUCAAUUAUGUGUCAGCCGAGGCCGAGGCCUGUGUCCGAACAGCUGGAAAAACAAAAGCUGAUGUCAGUAGUUCAUCCGUCCCUGUGUCCCAGAGGUCCCGGGCGUCGGAUGACACGGACCGAGCGCUGGAUUUAUCUUUCAAGCCUCUGUCGAGUCGAGACGGCUUCCACCCCUCCUUCGUCUCGGGACAGCUGGCCCUCGACAGCCAGCAGCAGGGCACCGAGCCACUUGUUAAAGACGAACAUGACUUGCUGUCAGAGCAGGAGGACGGUGAUCCGGUGAGCCCGGAGAGCCAGCGCUUUGGGAGUUCAGUGGUGACAGGGUUCACUGCCCUCUUCCCUGAAAACAAGCCUCCGGACGACGAGCUGAUGGAGGAGGAGAGAGCGCUGCGAGUGCGUUCAGAGCAUCAUCUCCGGGACAGCGAGGGCGAGGAUGAAGACGACCUGGCGUCCUCCGACAUCUCCACGUCCAGCGGCGUUCUCCUCCCGCAGGUCUGCGUGUGUCCGCUCUGCAGCAAGGUCUUCCCGAGCCCACACGUGCUCCAGCUCCACCUCAGCUCGCACUUCAAGGAGAAAGACGGCGUUCGCUCCAAGCUCUCGCCCGACGGCUCCGUCCCGACCUGCUCGCAGUGCGGCAAGACCUUCUCCUGCAUGUACACGCUGAAGCGGCACGAGCGCACGCACUCCGGCGAGAAGCCGUACACCUGCGGACAGUGCGGGAAGAGCUUCCAGUACUCACACAAUCUGAGCCGGCACGCCGUGGUGCACACGCGAGAGAAGCCACACGCGUGUAAGUGGUGCGAGCGGCGCUUCACUCAGUCCGGAGAUCUGUACCGACACAUACGCAAGUUCCACUGCGGCCUCGUCAAGACGCUCGCCAUCGGAUAAAAGCCGUGCAACCACGUCCUU